UUUGGCAACACUGGAGAAAUGCUGCCGCUGUCACUGUCAUGUCAAAAGUUUCAGUUUGUAUUUGUAACGCUCAGUUUUUAUCAACUUUUUAGAAAUUUUAUGGGAUUUUUGUUAUUAGUGUUUAGCUGUUGUAUGAAAUGUGUCCUUAAACUAACCCUUGCCAUGAACCAGUCGUACUCAGACAGCGACGUGUCGCUGUCCCCCACACAAAUACUGGAGCGACUACAUCUGCUGCGCCAGCUACAGUUGUUACAACAAGACAAACUUGUUAAACAACGCCAGUUGUAUCAAGAUUCGCCGCGGAACUCUAGCAUUACGGAAAUCGUCAGUCAGUUUAGUGCAAGUACCAGCUUUAACACAUUCCGGAGCUUGCUUGGAAGUUCCGAGUCUUCAACUGACGCCACACCGCGGCUCCAUUCGAGUAAAUCACAAUUAAAUCAACAGGACUUAGUAGAAGGCGUCGCUGUCCUUAAUCUAUCCCAAGAGUCGGAAUUCAUUAUUACUUCUCCCGUCUCCAGCAGAAGCAAAGCUUCCAAUGCAUCCCAAGCACCAACUUCUGUCUCCAGCAGAAGCAAAGCUUCCAAUGCAUCCCAAGCACCAACCGAGUCUGGUGCUAGUGCCGGGGCGCAGUCUAUAGCUAAGAAACAAAUAUCUCUUGACGACAUGCCAGUGCUGACUCCUAAGAAAGACUUUGAAGCCCUAAUCAUUGAAAAACUGAAAAAUGAAUUGGAUGCACCUAAGCCCAAAAUAUUACAAAAGGAAAAUGUGCCAAGUAAAGGCAAAAAACGAUUUCUCAAAAAAGGGGAAGGUAUGUCCCGAUUUGGGCUGCAGAAAAACAAACCUGUCAUACAAAGUACAUAUGCUUUGCCUUGGAAAAAAAGUUCUGAUGUUAAAAAAGCACCGGUGAAAGCUAAAAAUCCUAAAGCAUCAGAAAAUUCUAAGAGAAAAAGUGUAGAUGUUCAAAUUGUUGUUUCUAAGCCAACACCUGAAUCUAAAAAGAAACCUGCUGUUGAUGAUAAAGUGAAUCCGCCAGAAGAAGUAUGUGACAAACAACCCAAUAAUAAAGUCCCUCAAAAUUCAAAGCAGGGGAACAGUAAACAAUCAACUAGUAUAGUUGAUUCUAGCAAUUGUGAACUCCAUGGUCCACAACCACUCUCACCACCAAAAGAAAAAGAAAUAAAAAUACAUUUGCCUAAAGGAAAACACCCUUUACUGGCAAAUAAGGGUAAAACCUGGGCGGCAGUCCUGACUAAAGAACAGGAUGAUUUCCUUCGGCAACUCAAACAAAGUGACUAUUACAAGAAUUUUACUUCUCCUGCCAAAAGCAUUCUUUCAGAUAUCAGCUGUGAUGAAACAUUCAUGAAACUAAGACAGGAGAGGGAAAUGGCAGAGCAAAAUAUGUUUGAAUUGCUUGAAAACAAAGUAGACCAUGAAAGCUUCAAUUUGAACAAUUCUUUCAUUAAUAGGUUUUUACAAGGUAGUCAUUUAGAAUGGUCAGGAGAUAGUACCCCUGUGAUUAUGCAGAAAUGUCUAGCGAGCAAUCCUAAACUGAUGACCUUAUGCCCUGAUGUGCACCAGACUAGAAAUGUAAAUUGUCAGAGUGAUAUUGACUGCAACAGUGAGUACACAGAGUGUUGCAGUGAAGCAUGCUCUUCUGAAUGCAGCUGUUCUUGUAAUAACACUAUAGAAGAAUCCAACAACUUCAACAACAACCAAAAUAUCUCUAAAAGUAAUAAAAAACAGGCUGUCCAGCAUAAUAAAACAAACAAAACAACAAAAGAGGCUGACAAACCACCAGAAAUUCAACAAUGUCAUAAUGACAAAGAAAUUGACAGCAUGAAAGAAAACAUGGCAGAAAUGAAUGCUAAAUUAGUUGCUACUAGUGAACUGCUAAAAGAUAGGCUCAGAGAAUUAGAAGAUGAAAUUGAAACAUUCAGAAAAGAAAAUGCAAAUUUAACCAAAAUGAGAGAAGAGAUUGAUUUGGAGAAGCAAAAGUUUUAUGAAGAAAAAUCUACCUUUGAGCAAAAGUACAAUGAGGAGAAAAUUUUAUCAGAAUAUUACUUAGCUGAGGAAAAAGAAAAGUUGACAAAGCAAAAGCAAAUCUACGAAAGACAAGUGAGGGAGAUGAGAGGUCGGCUGAAUAAAAAAGACAAAGAUGAAGUUGCCAACUUGAAGAAAGAAAUAAAUGACCUAAAGGAAGAAAUGAGACUUAAAGAUGCUAAAUACACCACUGUCGCCGCAAGGCUUCGCAAUCAAUUGAAAAUUAUGGAAAAGGAGAAAAAAGAUUUGCAGGAAGAAGUAGAAAAGUUGAAGAAAGAGAAUCGCAGGAUCCAACACAGCAAUGACAUUACCAGGCGAAUGACUAAUAUCAAAUAUUUGGAACAAAUAAACAAGAAGUUGUCCAAGGCAAAGAGUGCUCAGAGUCAAGUAGUGCCUGACGAUGAUAUGAAGUAUAAAACAUUAGAAAUAGAAAGGCAAAGUAGAAGUAGGGCGCAGCCUGCAGCAAAGAACCCACUUAGAGCCAGAGCUAAGAGUGUGCCUAAUCUUAAUGUAACAUCUCGAUAUGCAAAGUAUUUUAGCCAGAGGGAUGUAAUGAGUCCAACAGAAAGAAAUCAAACUUUAAAUAUAGACAGAUAUACCUCCGAUGACAUCGAUGAUGGGCGCUAUGAUCAUGAAAAUGAAAGUUUAGGAGAUACAGAAUCUGUCAGCGGGAGAGAUGCAACAGACAAUGAAGAUGACAAUAGUUUAGAGAAAAUAUACAUGGAGAGAUUUCAAGAACAUUCAAAAGAUGAACCUGUAUUUGACAAAGCUAGAACAAGCUAUUCAAGUUCCAAUCACAGUUUCGAAAAGAUGAAUCUCAACCAAAAAACAGAUGACUUUUUUAUUCAUAAAUCUAAUUCAGGUUCGAUGAAAGAAUCCAAGUCUCCAAAGCAGAUAUCACCUCGCAAUCAACCUAGCGGAUCCAGUUCUAAUACAUCCAAGUCUCCAGUGUCUAUAUUAAGUCAUAGAUCAACUCGCAAAUCACCAGUAACAGUUAUUAACCAUGAACCAGAUUAUUUACCCAGUUCGAGCAGAUCUAAUUUCUCUCACGGCAGAUCUACGUCACCCGUAUCUAUUAGCAACCACACAUAUAGCUGUAGCAACCAAAGAAUACCCACUGUCAUAAACCGAGAAUAUUUAGACAACAGAUUCCCAGAGCCUCCAAGCAAAACCAGUGUAACAAAAACGGACCUUACCCCUACUGAAAUAAGGAAGUCAGACGGUUCAAAAGAACUCAGAUUUCCAAAUGGAAAUGUGAAGUAUUUGUCGGCAGAUGGCAAAUACAGCAAGUUUGUGUACUACAAUGGGGAUGUAAAGGAAAACUUCUACAACGAAGGGAGGAUAAAGUAUUAUUAUGCUGAAACAAAGACUUACCAUACAACUCAUCCUGAUGGAUUGGAAGUUUUGGAGUUCCCCGAUGGCCAAGUAGAAAAACGUUACAAAGACGGCUCAUCCGAGAUCCGUCUGCCGAACGGCACCGUCCGCUACUUCGACCCCAAGAACCCGCACGUCCGCGAGGAGUGGCGUUUCCCCGACGGCGCCACGCUCACCGCCUCGGCGUCAGGCGAGCGCCGCGUGGUGUUUGCCAACGGGCAGGUGGAGGUGCAUACUAAGGACCAUAAGCGCCGCGAGUUCCCUGACGGCACGGUGAAACUGGUGUACAACGACGGCACAGCUGAAACGCGCUACGCAUCCGGCCGGGUCCGUAUCAAGGACAAGCAUGGGAAACUCAUCAUGGACUCUGUGCCGAGCUGAUCGGGACUUUAGGUAGGCCUAAUAAAGUGCAAGAUAGCGCGUCAUGAAUGAAACUCAACGGGAUCGUGGACACUGUACUGAGCUAGACUGAUUGCAACCUUCGGUAGACGUAAUAAGGUGCAACUUGUCGAUGACAUUCGUCAAGCUCAUUAAGCCAAAGCGCAAUUUGCCUCAUGAUAGUUGACUAAAAUACGGUUCAAUUAAUUUGAAAUAGAUUAGUCUCAUUUCUUUUAUAUGUUAUUUAGAUUAUGAUGACACCGAAUUAUAGAAAAUUUGGUUGAUGAGAAUGAUGCAAUAUUUGUAUUACAAUUACUAAGUAAAAUUGAUCUGGGGGAUACCGAAAACAUUUUUUUGUAUAAUAGAAGCAUUAUUAUAU